AUGGGUGUUGUUCUUCACUACAGUAUUUUCUUUAUGCUGUACAUGCAUUCUUUAAGAAUUUGCUUCGGCUGUUUGGAUGGUAAGUUCUUCUCUUUCCGCCUUGUUGUUUCAAUCAUAUUUGGCACGUCAAAAUAGUGACAAAAACACAUUUAUCUCUUGAAAGAAGAUAAAAAAAAAUUAUUAGCUAGACCUACUUUAAACAAGAGUAGCUGCAAAAUUUUCUGCUUUAGUAUACUGCCUAUAAAUGUGACUUUUAGUACGGCUUACGGUUAAUUUCUCUUCUUUACUAACAGACAUAUGCAAAAAUAGUCACUUCACCUGCAAAAAGUUCCGCAAAAUUAUUUUUCGUGGUUGCAAAAUUGUUUAAGGCUCAUAGGACUCCAAGGACCUUACCUUUCCCUAAUAUAAAGAACCAUGUCUUUAGCAACGAGGGGAGAAAACGCAAAAAGUUCUGAACAAGCGUUUUCGAAACUCUCUUAAUAACAAAUUUUGGUUGGGGACCGGCUUAAUUUUUUCACUGUUAACCUCUUUUACAACUACUAGCGAGUAACCCCAUAUUUGUAGGCUUUCUUUGUUUAUUUAGUCUGUCGGCUCGCCAGCAAAAUGAUUGCUCUACAAGAAUCUAGUUACAGAAAAGAAAACAGACUGUGGCUAUUAUUAGCGAGAAAAAAGAAUAAAUAAAAAAAAGGCUGCUAACAAUGUCAGUGUGCUAGGAGCUUUUCUAGUCCCUUUUUAUUUCUUUUCGUUUCUUGUCACUUCUCUUCGGAAGCCCAAGAUUCCUCAGUAUCUGUUCUUAAUUAUCUUUAUUUUUACUUUGGACCCAUACCAUAUUUUAAAACACUCUACGUUAAUACGACCCUGUACCCCUCUUUUACGUUGACGAAUCUUUUUCUGGCUCGAAAAUGUCUUGUAUUCGAAAACCUCGUUGAAUAUGACCACCUUUGAGGAUCCCCAGACGUUACCUUCUUUACAAUUUUAACUCGUUUAUGCGAACAACAGCAGAAAACAAUAAUCUCGGGCGGAUGGCAAUUGAGGGAAGCCAGACGCAAUCAAGUUGAAAAUCUACAUCAAUUUUAUCUUACUGAACGUUGUUACAAGAACAUAAUUGAGCGUCCCAGUUAUGUGUAAAAUCCGGCAGAUUGAUGGACUGGUGAAAUUAUCCUUUGUAACAUUUAUUUUAGAAAGGCUUAGUGUAAUAUGGGUUGUACCACGUUGAUGGGUUUUUAAAGCCCAACGGUCAUCGUAAUAAUGGGAAUUUUAUUCCACUCAACUGUCCUUGUUUCCUUCUUGGUCAAUUUAAUAUGUUUAAGACGUUCACUGAAUGCCUUUUUUCAGAAUAAAUAUAACCGUUCUCAUGGACGAAAAACAAGCGAAAUACCAAGCUAAAGGUUAUUUAUUUUUGUCCUCUUUGGGCGUGAGUCAGUGUUAAUUACCAUUCUAGAAAUUGUCUUUUGAAUUCAGAAAUUCUUUCGAUAUCAUGCCAUCUAUUUUAUGUUUUACUCUAUUUAAUGUAAGAAUGUGUUUAUUCAUUCAUUACAAUCAAUCCAUGGAGCUGCUAACAGACUGACUGAAUAACAUGGCAACCUAAUAAAUGUUGAAUAAGAGGAAAUAAGGGUAAACACAUCCUGCUGCACAUAAUUAACAAAGAGAAAAAUGCUAAGAAAUCAAGAAUUCUGUUUGCUUGUCAACGGAAAAACAUUUCCUCAGCAAACACCAGACGAUUACAAUGUUGGCUUUUUUCAUACAAAUUGAAACUUCCCAAGGAUUUGUUAUUGUCCUUAAGGCAGAGAAGACCGUGAGAAGGUUUUCCCAAUUUUAUGCGAUUUAUUGUAGCUGUGUCGUCUAUCCAGUGCCAGAGUUUUGCUAUUUUGUUCAAUUAUAAAGUUGACAGCGGACUCAAUAACAAGAUGGAAACCUAUUUAAAAGUUAAAUAACAGGAGAUAAUUGGAAGAAAUUUUUUAAGAAAUAUAAAAUUGAGUUUCGAUAUUGUCACCACGGUUUAUUACUUGGAUUAUAAACUCGUUAACAAGAAGGAAGUUGCUGGGAAACAAAGAAUUCUGUUAUUUGCGUCAUACGAGGAAAAUAUUUUCACAAUAAACACGACAGUUUACCACUAUUCAAGACAGGUGGGAAUACCAUCUACCUGUUUUUCUUUUUUCAGCCUUUUAAUUUGCUUUAACUGAAAAUGAAUUAUCGCAUGUAUUUUCCUAAAAAAGGGGGUUUUCUUUAUAGAGCUCGACCAAUUGACAGAAAAUUGAAAUUGACCUAGAGAACUAAGUUAAUUCCAUCUCCUUUUUGUCAUUAUUUGAUGUAUAUUGCCGUUUUAAGCCAGUUUGAAGAAAUUCCAAGAAAACCCCAGCAAGUUUAAUUAACAUACAUGGUAGUUUCAUGAUUAAUUGUCAGAUAAAACAUAGCUUGAAGCUAAGGAGUAUAACCGAAAAUAUGGGUCAUUACGUUCCAUGAACUUCAAUCUUGUUUAUAAAGGACAGUUGCUUUUAAUCGAAGGUCUUUUGCCGCAAAAAAAGGUAAGAAUUGGCCACCUUAUGAGCUCCUGGAAUUGCUAAAUGCAAUUUUUUUCUUUUUCAAUUCAGGUAAUUGCCGCGUACUGGCGUUUCCGAGUUAUUUCCUAAUUGCUGACAAAUGUUUGGAGAGUCACACAUUCUUAAUUGUCCAACAUGUCCCGGAUAAGGGUCUUUGUGAACUGCUUUGUUACAACAAACCAAACUGUGUCAGUGUUAAUUAUGAGAUACAAAGAGAAAGACGAUGUGAACUGAACAAUUCAACACACCGAGCGCACGAUGCAGACUUUAAAGAGAGGGAAGGCUGCUUAUAUCAUGGAGCAAUUGUAAGUUUUUUGUCUUUUCUUUUCUCGUCUUCUUUUUCUUUCAUCAUCAUCAUCUUCAAGGCAAUCAUCAUCCCACUGUCGACAUCUUCAUCAUCAUCACAAUGAUCACCAUCUUCGUCAUCGGAAGGAGCUUAAGCAACGACGAUGACACUAUAAAACGUCUCUUAAAGAGUGAAUUCACGCUGUAUCAAAAUCUAUCGUUCUUAUUGCACGUCGUUCAAUUGGUCACCAAAUGUUGGUGAGUUUUUCUGGAGUCGCAUUGUAAAGGACUGUAUCUAAGUUUAAAAAAUAAAUAAUAGCAAUAAAAUAAAGAAUCGUUGUCUUGUGAUCACGUCCCGGUAGAAAAGGUGAAACUAAGAAGUUCCACGUGGUAGUCGUGCAACGAGGGCAGGGAAAUGUACUAAAAACGUGAUCUAGGUGCAAAGUUUUUUUUUGCUAAUCUCAACCUAUUUAACCUAUUUGCGUUUUCCUUGCCUUUGACGUAGUCGUUGCUUAAGCUCCCUAUUAAUAAUUAUUAGCAUGAGGAUCGUAAUAAUUACCAUUGUCUUAUCAUCAUCAUCAUCAUCUUGUAGUUUGUAGUUGACGCUAUAUCAAGACGGUUUAACGUAACUUCUUCUCUUACAAUUCAAACCUGAUUUUUGUUCUUUCAAAGAGUGCUUGUGAUACUCCCCGUUGCCAAAACAACGGUACCUGUCAGUCCGGAUUCACAGAGAAAAAAUAUCGGUGUUUAUGCCCUUCUGGUUUCACUGGUGCACAAUGUGAACAUGGUAAGUUGUUCUUGAAAAAAACUUUCAUUUUAUGCAAAUAAUCAUAUUUUCGUAAAUCGUAAUCAAGCUCGGGCUUUGUCAUUUCCUACGACAGUGUACAAAACGUUUGCGUAGCGAACAUUUUAAGGUUUUGCUAGCCCCUCGUUUCAAUUGGUCUAUUAACUGUCAUACAAUUUCAAAUGCUAUUUCCUCAAAUUUUUGCUCUUUGUGUUCGUAAUCUUAUGUGUUUAUUGGUUAUUCGAAUUGAAUAAUAUUAAAGCUUGUUGUUGAGUAGAAGCAGUUCGUAAUUGAAAGCCUUUCUUUAAGAGCAUCUCAACUCUAAACCAAGAAAACGUGAUAUGGCCUGAGCCUUGAUUAUACCUCUAGGCUCGUUGCUAGGAAGCUCACUUGAUUGAGCUCUCGAGGGGGGUGGGAGAGUUCCAUAUAAAAAUGCUCUUCGUAAAAUUAGAAUUAAACCCCUAAGGGAAACUUACCUAAAUAAGAUUUUCGAACAUAACGGGGCCCAUAAGUUGACAUACAAAAAACAUGAAUGUCAAACAUCGAACUGUGGAUCCAACCAUAAUAAUUUAACAAGUUUAUUCGUGAAAGUGAAAAAAAAAAAAGCCAAAGAAAAACAAAAUGAAACAAAAACAAUAAGUCAAUGUCUUAAAAGACAGAGAACGUCUUAACCUUGGAUUCGAAACCAUUUUUUUCGUCUUGCUACUAAUACUGUUACUAUCUUCUAGUAACCUCAUCUUGAUUUCAUGCACUGUAGAUAAAAACGGGGGAAAAGUCUAAAACACACAGUUCAAACUUAUUUUUUUGCAAUUAUUGGUCAAUAUGAUUUCAGACAUCAAUGAGUGUGAAGGAGGAACUCACAAUUGCAGUUCUAAUGCGGUUUGUAACAACACCAAAGGAUCCUAUAACUGCACAUGUAAACCAGGAUAUGAAGGGGACGGUAAUAAUUGCAAAGGUGAUAUUUUUCGUACUUUAGUCAUUUUGAAUGCCAUCGAAAGCAUUGCUGUUUUUAUUUUUCCAUGAUAAGAUGCUCUCAGUUUAUAGCAAUUUUUUGCUCGAUAGUAGACCAUAUUACCUCAAAAUUUUAAGUGGAAAGGUUAAUGCUUAGUACCUUGUAUUUUUAAUGUUUUGUCUCAACGAGGCCGGCAUCAGAAACUUUGCUUUUUUGUUUUUUCUCAAUCCCCAUGCAUUUCUUUUACAACUUUCUUCUCAGUGUUGGUCUCACUUUUUAGAAAGCUGAGAGGAAUUCACUCUGCAAACUAAGCUUAAUCUCCAUUGUUCUAUAUGAUUUCAGACAUCAAUGAGUGUGAAGGAGGAACUCACAAUUGCAGUUCUAAUGCGGUUUGUAACAACACCAAAGGAUCCUAUAACUGCACAUGUAAACCAGGAUA